GCUUCUUUGUCCAAUCCCUUGCAUUGUAACAUUCCUGACCAAUCAGAUCCGUCGUUAGUACCCACUAUGGGAGGGAACGACGUUGCGGUGGAAUGCUAGACUGUGUGAAACACGCAGACGAUAGAUUUUUGUGAAAACCUUCCUUUUUUUGCAGCAGUAGAGUGGUUUCUUGCUGUGAGGGUCAGAGCUCAGUGUGACUGUCACUGUCAGUGUGAGAUGAGUGCCCCUAGACCCUCCCCUCCCAGCAGUGGGAGUGACCCACCAAUGGAAGGCUCUUCUCAUGGCCAGUCCAAAGAACAGGAGGACCAGCCCCUGCCUAAGGCACCUGAACCUCCCAGGAUGGUGCCACAUGUCCAAGUACAUGUGGAGUCCAGCUUUCUCAAGACUGGGAAGCCCAUGGUACCCACACGACUGAUCGUCCCUGCCACCAACACCAACCAGAGCACCGUCCACCCCACUCCGGCCCAGUCCCACAAGACAGAGGGUGCAGGUCCAGCACACAGCCUGGCCCACCUGGCUGCUGUGGGAGGGAUGGGGCACCUCCCCCUCCUGAGCCAUGGGCAGCCCGGAGGCCCCCCCAUGUCCCGCGGGUCCAUACAGCCACACAUGGGCACACACAUCCCAGCCAGCCUGCCUGUCCAUGGCUUCACAAGUCACGUACCCAGAGGUGCAGCUGCAGCUGCAAGUCUGACACCUGCUGCCAAGGGCAGUGUGACCACGGUGUUGCGCCCACCCUCUGCUGGUGCGAGUGCCUUUCCUGUGUCCACUCCCUCCUCUGGACUGGUGCAGACCCAGGCUAUUCCACCACAGGUCAAAGUUCAGGCCCGAUCUGUGGGUGGGAGCAGCACCCCUCCCAUGGUGACCACAAGCUGUACCCCCACACCCUCUCCUGCUGUGUCCUCGGGGCCAGAACAGCACAGAACGUCCGUGUUCCCUCCACACGCCUCGGGCAUCAACGUUGGUCUGGUGAGGGGGGAGGGGACGGCCUCCCCACACCUCACCACCCUGCCGGCCAGGUCCCUCCAGGUGUCACAUGUCAUCGGCAUGCCCCAACACAAGUCAGCUGUCACAGCUGCUACUGUAGCCCCCAUGAUGGCACACACAACCACUGUCACCACCACAGUUUCAACUCAGAAUUCCACAGUUACCCAGGUAUCCCUGCAUCAGUCCACAUCAGCAUCUACUGUGACCUUUGCCCCCAGCUCCUCCCACUCAUCUGUGGUCUCCUCAGCAAGUAUCCCCAUUGCCAAAGUCCUGCCCCAGCCCGUGGCGCACUCCCCCCGACCCCUGCUGGACUACAGUGGUGACACCCCGGGGAUGCCAGCCUCCGCCAGCCUGUUCCUCCCCGCCAGACAGCGGGGAUCUCCCAACCCUGUUAACACUGCCGUCUCCAUGGUUACCACGGCCUCACACAGCGACAGUAGACCUGAGAGGUCGCAGUUUCUCCUGUCCCACAGACCGACCCAGGCCAGUUUACCCCUGCACACCCCGCCCUACACCACCAUCACGCCGGCGUAUUACUACGACCCUGCAGCGGCACUGCGGUACCCCCACCACACGGCGCAGGCCGCCAUGGCCAUGCACACGUACCAGGCAGCACAGGCCGCAGCGCACUUCACUCCCAUCUCAUGUUCAGCCUCCGCCAUUCGACCACUUGUGGCCUCCCCUCAAGCGUCGGUGGCUGCGGCAGCUGUUGCCGUGGCAGCGCAGCACGCCGGCGGGAUGAGACCGGGCCCCGCCAUGUCACUCAACCACCCCAUGUUCCUGUCCAUGGAGGCCGCCAGGCAGGCACAACAAGUCCCACCAUCUAUUACUACAGCUAGUGAAGCCAAUGACUCGUCAGCAUCCAGUAUGAGUGGCAGCUAUGCUGGUGGUGUGGGCGGAGCCAGCACCCAGCCAGUCCUGGCAGUGGGGGCACCAGGGAACCCUAACUCCUCCCCCAGACCCAGUAUACUCAGGAAGAGGACCAAUGAUGGCAUGCGGAGAACAGCAUCAGCCACCACACCCACAAACAGUGAUCCCAACAGCCCCCGGGUGGAGGUGGCCCCGCCCACUGCUGCCUCGCCACGCCCACCAGGUGAGACAAAGCCAGAGACAGGGUCUAGCCAAGUAGGAGAUGUUGUCAUGGCAACAGAAGGAGACUCCACAGCGGUCCCGUCUGAAGUGAAAGUGAAGGAAGAACCUAUGGAGAUGUCUUCCCACCCUGUCCCACCUGGUGCCAUGACUGUUAACCAGCUGAUCGCCAGUGUGGUGCAGGCAGCCACCACGCCCACUGUGUCCAACACACCCAGCCUCCCCGUCACCACGCCCACCAGUCUGCCACCGGAAGCCUCGCCCAGGAAAAAACCACGCAAGCAACAACAUGUUGUGGCUACAGAAGAUGGCUUUGCUGGGGAUGUGGAACUGAAGAUGAUGGACAGUAAAGCAGACUUCCCCGCUCCCACAAAGAAGGAAACCAGAGACAGGAAAAAAGAACAAGUUGAGGACGUGCUGUACGUGCUGAAGCGUUUCCCACGCCCGUCCCUCCUGUCCAGCUACAGGCACGGCUGGAAGGCCAGACUCAACCACUUCCAGAGGUACUCGGACUUUAAAGUCAAAGAUAAGAAGCUGUCCUUACACGAUGUGUGCAGUCAGAAGGGUCUGGCACAGAAGGCAGCCGGCUGGAAGGUGCACCACUUGGCCAAUCAGCUGGAUGAACUGGCAUGUAAUGAACAAGACACAUUUGCCAAGAUGUCCAGCUUCCAUGAAGGUCUGAAGGCGCCUGGCAAGAAAAUCAUCAUGGAGGAAGAAAUGAGGAUGAUCCAAGAGCUGAUACAGGGGAAUAUUCAGAGAGCCCGGCUCACUACAGAACAACUCAAUGACACCAAACAGCAGAUGGUGAAGAUAGUGGAGAAACACAGGGGGGAAGUAUGUGACAUCAUCAAGAAAAACUGUAGCAGGAAGUCCAGCAAAAAGAAGAGCAGCUCAUAAGGCUACCUCUCUGUUACCAGGAUCCAUGUACAAUAAAGAUUUCCUCUGACCUGCUUUGGAGGAGGCUGAAAUCACA